AUGGACCAGAGGAACCGGCUCGGCGCUCCCGGAUACCUGCCGCCGCUGCUGCUGCGCGCCCUGCUGCUCUUCGUGGCCGAGGCGACAUUCACCGAAGUCCCCAAAGAUGUGACCGUACGUGAGGGAGACGACAUCGAAAUGCCCUGCGCCUUCCGGGCCAGCGGAGCCACCUCGUACUCACUGGAGAUUCAGUGGUGGUACCUCAAGGAGCCGCCCCGAGAGCUGCUGCACGAGCUAGCGCUCAGCGUGCCCGGCGCCCGGAGCAAGGUAACAAAUAAGGAUGCGACUAAAAUCAGCACCGUGCGCGUGCAGGGCAACGACAUCUCGCACCGGCUGCGGCUGUCAGCCGUGCGGCGGCAGGACGAGGGCGUGUACGAGUGCCGCGUGUCGGACUACAGCGACGACGACACGCAGGAGCACACGGCCCAAGCGCUGCUGCGCGUGCUCACGCGCUUCUCGCCGCCCGACGUGCAGGCCGCGGAGGCCGUGUCCCACAUUCAGAGCGGCGGCCCGCGCCGCCACGGCCCCGCCACUCGCCGGACGGGCCGCCCCGCUGCGGUCGGUCGCGGGCGCCGAGCCCGUCGGCGGGUCAUCUGGGGGGAGCGUUCCCGGAACCCCGCCUCUGCUCUCCUCUCGCCGCUUUCCCGUCCUACUGUCGGCCGCUGGGGGUGUUCACUGCCCGCCUUGACGGUGAGCGCUGCCCGGGUACACGCGGCUGGAGGCGGGGAGCUCGCUCUCGAGUUUGGGGAACCGGAUCUCUGGGGGGCUGCACCCCAACAGCGUCGGGCCUGCUUGUCUCCUAACGCCCAGGGUGGGCAGUAG